GAGGCUGUGGUUUAUGCAACUCAUAUGCCAUGUUCUUCUCCAUUGCCACAUGUUUGGAAGAAGCUGCUGAAGACUUAGCCACUGUUCGAAAAAGAUGGACAUACUUGUCAUCUUAUCAGUAGGAGAAGGUUGAUUGGAUGGCUGGGGAUCAUGGACAGUAGCUACAGUGAUGUAGUCAGGUUCUCCAGAAGAGUCCACCCCUCCCCCUGCUGCCAGACCA